AUGGCGAUGCUUCAGGUUGACUUCCUGGUUGAAAUCUCCUGUCUGGAUGAAGUGCCCUUUAAGAUCCCUCUUGGCUUUCUUGAGGAUGCAAAGGAAGAAGUCGAACGCAUCCCAGCUCCAGAAAUCCCUCUGCCUGACUACCUGAAGAUACUGCAGGAAACUGAGGCCCAGGAUUCAUUCUCCCCCCUGGCCCCAUCACAGCCACUCAAUUCCCACGCUGCCGUCCUGGACUCUUCGGUCGAGCUGCUCUCCGCUCUCAGCCCAGAGGGGAGGGAGUUGCUGGCGGCGGUGACCGAGCAGGGCUACCCUCUCCGUAUGGCCAUCAUCGCCCUCCAGAAAACUGGCCAGCAGAGUCCAGAGCAGAUCUUGAGGUAUCUGGACGCCUGUGAUCGGUUAUGUGAACUCGGCUAUGAUGAAGCUCAGGUUGAAGAAGCACUUGAGAUGUUUCAGAACUGUGAGAGCAAGGCUGAGGAGUUCCUUCACCUUCUUGCUCAGUUUGAUGAAAUGGGCUCUCUCUGGCUUAGUGUGACAUGGGUUCUUCUGGUGCAUGAGAACCACAGAGAGCGAGCGCUGGAGGAACUCAUGACCCGCGUGGCCUGAUCCAAUCCGUGUUAUGAUGCAAUGAAUUAGCUGCGAUCAUGGUUUGUGCUAUUCACCGGGCUCAUAUAGCUGUUGCUUUUUUAUCAUAUGCUGAACUGUGUUUAUUCAUUGCACAUUCUACACAUGUGUUGAGGCCUCGGGGACAAGCACAGUUUGACAGUCGACACCAAAGAAUGACUCUGU